CUCUGCCUCGCCCACGGCGCCGCCUGCCUCCCUCGUCUCCCGACCUCCGUUUCGAAGCGAGGUUGUAACGGUUAGGGCUUUGAUGGAGAUCCCUCUGAUGGCAGAGGCGUUGCCGAUCCCCGGCCUCAUCGCCAGCAUCCUGUCCGACCUCGCCGGCGCUUGGGCCUCUGUCGCCCUCCUCGUCGCCGGAUUCGCCGCCUUCCUCCGCUUCCUCGGCCCGGCCAAGCUCGCCUUCCUCAGGUACACAAGAGCCAGAUCGGCCAUCUCUCAACCCGUCUGCUACUGCUCCUCUAGCGAAGACGAUGACGACGACGUCGUCGAAUCUGAAUCGCCGUCCGACGAUGAUGACGACGAAGAUGAGGCCUCGUCGUCAUCACCCGAUGAGUACGACUCCGCAUCCGGCGGUUAUUGGGACGACCAUGGACGGGAUGGUGGUUUGGAUCUGGCGUUAGGUGGCGUGGUCGUCAGGACGUGGGAGGGGCUCGGCCUGGGGUUCGAUCGCUCCGACGGCCGUAUCUCGCUCAUGGACCUGGACCGCGGCGAGGAGCUGAGGUCGUUCCUCGCCCAGGCCCCGGUUGCGGCGGAGAGCCUGGCUUCGCCCGCGGUGGUUGUAUCGGCCGCGGAUGGCGCAAGGGCCGCGGCAGCGGUGAGGGUGUGGGACCCCAGGGUGGCGGGGGAGCGGACCCCGGCCGCCGCAGCGGAGUGGCGACCCAUCCUGCGUCGGAGAGUCAUGAAAGUCGCCGGCCGGGCCGAGAGGGUGUUUGUGGGCGGCGACGACGGAGUGAUAACGGCAGCAGACUUAAGAAGGGGCCGCUCGCCAUCGGUGGUGCAGACGUGGCGUGAGAGUUCGUUGCCGCUUUUGCGCUCACGCAAAUGAGCAAAUGACGGACGAGCCCCUACCAGCCGUCUACCGGAAGACGAAAACCCGUGUCCAUUCGUCGGUUGCGUUGUUCCGAAUUCGUUUGCAAUGGGCCUAAUUAUUGAGCUCAAUUAACGAUCAGGUCUAAUCGCCGACGGAUCGCUUUCUCGACUGUGUAGCUCUUAAUUUAUGGAGAAUUAUGAUGCAGUUUUAAUGGGAACAAAUUGUUCUUUGGUUAAUAAAGGUUAAUUAUAGAUUAUUUUA